AAUUUAAUUCUAGCUGACUUCAAUAUGGUUUGUUUUGUAUUUGGUGUAAAUAAGAGGAAAAAAUUAACAGUCUCCCAGCUUUUCAAAGUAGUUUUAACCUCUUUCCAAGAACUUGCUUUUUGUUCUCAUUCCAAUCUGAGAUACUCUGAUCAACACUUUUUCUUUCUUUCUUUCAUGCAACACUAAAGAGAAACUGUAAAUAUCUUUGAUUCCAUGGACAGGACAGGUCUGCUGAAGCUGUCCAGCCUCCUCCUGCAGCGUGUGUGGAUUGUACCAGCAGGACUCUGCCCCUGGAAAACUUCAGACUCUAAGCCAGGCUGUACCGCCCUGGGAUGGUUCAUCUCUGCUGCAGUAAAACUGCUGCAUCUCCUCACCUCCAGUGGCCUCUUCUUUUACUUAUUAAACUUCCUUUGUUCCCUAAAUGGCUCUGUUCUGGAACGUGUCCAGCUGUGCUACCACCCAGCAACCUUUGCCUAGACCUUCCUUAGUCAGCAGCGAGGAGACUGCCCCCUUCCACGACCCAGUGAGGAGGAUGUGGGCACUAGGUGUGGUGGGCGUGGGGUAGAAUCCUCCCUAAACUGCAAGAACUUCAUAUUGCAUCUCUGCUAGGGUAGCAGGGGAAGCUGGGUCUAGCAUUGUGACUUAAAUGCAAUGUCAAUACUUCAGCUGCCUAAUGCCUCUCCUCCGAACUUGUGCUUUCUUUAAUGUCUGCUUCCCCGUUCAGAAUAGUCCCAAGGCCAGUGCGUGGCUACUCACUUGAAAGGUGACAGAGCCUGUUCAAAUCCCUUCUCCCCCACAGGAGAAGAGGGGAUUUGAACUGGGGGGUCUCCCAUUGCAUGGGGGAGUGCCCUAUUCACCAUUCUAACAGUUAUAGAGAGCCGUGCCUCCUCCCUCCCCUGGCUGUUUUGUGUGAACUUGUCUGAGGGCCCCAAUGCGGUAGGUGGUCUCUGAGCUUGCCUGCUGGAUUGGGCCCCUGCAUGCCACAUAGGCAGACGAACUCCCAUCUUUCCUGGCUUGUGACUUGGGCUGGGGCUGGGGUGGGAGGCAGGAGUCUGGCACCUAGCAGGCUGCAGCAGCGUGCAUGCCCCAAGGAAAAAGCAUAGGUGCUGAGUGAGCUGAGGCAGCAGCCGAGCAGAUCAGUGGAUCACAGAGGUACCUAACGAUGGGACUUCGGCACCAAGGCACCUUCCUGGAUCGCACCCGUUCUGCCUGGGGCCACUCGGAACAGCCGUUUCCUGGGCAACUCCUGUCCCAACAUUCCAUGGGCGGGCAGAGCCUGGGGUUCUCCUGGGGGCAGCUGAGUGACCCUUUGGGUGCAAGCGAAGGACCAGCGUGAAACCUGCAGGGUCCUCCUGCCGAUGUUGGGCCAUGGCCGCUCUCUCUCUCUUCCUUGAUGUCCCGCUCAUGAGGGAAGCGGACCGGCUCCUGGAUGCCUACCAGGAGGAUCCAUCCCCUGACAAGGUGUACCUUGACCACUGGGACUGCCAGACGGAAACUGGCAAAGCGUGGGUCUGCCCAACCGUGAGACAGAUCCUGCUGCAGAUCGCCAGCGACCCAACCCUGGACCACGAGUACCUCCCGGUGCUUGGGUUCCCUGAGUUCACCAGGGCAGCUACCGAGCUGGCGCUUGGCAGGGAGAGCCGUGCUGUGAUUGAGAACAGGGCAGGUGGCGUUCACACAGUAGGAGGGACGGGAGCUGUUCGAAUUGGAGCCGAAUUCCUCCGGCGCUGGUACAAUAGAAGUAGCCCGAGUCCCAUAGCAGUUUAUAUUGCCUUGCCGCAGUGGGACAGCCUCCGGUGUAUAUUCCAAGAUGCCGGCUUUACAGACAUCCGGCCAUACCAUUACUGGGACACUGUGAGGCUGGCUGUAGCCAUAGAAGACUUCCUGGAGGUGCUGGAGAGUGCCCCGGACUGCUCCAUAGUUUUGCUGCAUGCUCCCGAGGAAACCGGCUUGACUCCCAAGCAGUGGGAAGAAGUUGCCAGGGUCAUGCGGAGGAAGCGCCUCUUCCCCUUCUUUGACGUCCCAGCUCAGGGGCUGGCCUCCGGAGACCUGGACAGAGACGCCUGGGCUUUGCGACACUUUGUGGCCCAAGGGUUUGAGCUCUUCUGUGCCCAAUCCUUCUCGAAAACCUUCGGCUUAUACAAUGAGCGGGUGGGGAACCUGAUCGUGGUGGUGAGGGACAACGAGACGCUGCUGGGAAUCCGCUCCCAGCUGCAGAAGCUAGUGAUGGGGAUGUGGUACACUCCUGCUAAUUUGGGAGCCCGGGUCAUCGCCACGGUGCUGAACAACCCAGCCCUGCUGAGCCAGUGGAAGCAGAGUCUCCAGACACUGGCGGAGAGGAUCAUGCUGAUCCGGGAGAAGCUGAAGGAGAAGCUGCGGAUUCUGGGUACGCCUGGCUGCUGGGAGCACCUCACGGCCCAGGCAGGGACACGCAGCUUCACUGGGCUGCUCCCAUCCCAGGUGGCUUUCUUAGAGAAGCACAAACACAUCUAUCUUCUCGGGAAUGGCCAGGUCAGUGUCUGCAGCAUCAACUCGCACAACCUGGAUUACGUGGCCCAGGGCAUCAACGAGGCCGUAAGCGGCAGGGCGGGCAGGACGCAAGGCCUGAGCUGGGCAAAGAUGGAGUGA